UUGGUUGGCAUCGACCCCUGAGCCUACACCGAGCUCUCAGUCGCACCCUGACCAGCCGCCGCGCGCACUUUCAGGCCUGACGCGGAGGGACGGAGUGAGUUUGCGAUGAGGCCAGCGCGCUCUGCGACCCCGGCGCUGCAGAACAACAGACCCAUGAGCCGCUGCUGACAAGACGGGAGAAGGAGAGCAGAAAGCCGGUGGUGGGGAGGGGGAGGAGGAGGAGGCUGCAGCUUCUGCUUCCCGGAGAAAAACCAUGCCGCUGGCAAUCUGGCUGCUGGGACUCAUGUGUCACCUUGCUGGACUCGCCUGGAGCUUGCACAUGCAUCGACUGCACCCAAAGCAAGAAAGUUUUGUCAGGCAGCUGUCCGCGUAUGAAAUAAUAACGCCGGUUCGCGUGAACGAUUUCGGCGAGUCGUUCCCGCAGCAGCGACACUACCGGCGCAGGCGGCGGAGCGCAGAGUCGGACGUGGCGGCGGCGCUGCGCGCGCACUACCGCAUCGAGGCGUUCGGCGAGCGCUUCCACCUCAACCUGAGCGCCGACGCGGCCUUCAUCGCGCCCUCAUACGCAGUGACGCACCUGGGCGCGCCGGACAGCCGAGGACACGACCCCGGGGACAUGCGACACUGUUUCUUCCAAGGACACGUCAAUGGACAACGGCGGCACCGUGCCGUGUUCAGCCUGUGCACCGGCCUCAUCGGUACGUUUACAACCCACAGUGGAGAAUACUUCCUAGAACCUUUAAUGACAAGUGACGAGGAGGAGUACGAGGAAGAACAUAACAAACCUCAUCUGGUGUACAAGCAUGACAGGAAGAAGAAGCACAACAGUGAUACAGCUGAGCCUUGUGCAUCUUCAGAUCACAUGAAAGAUAAUAAUCUUUUCCAAAGCAAUGGAAGCCUUGAAGAAGAGGUGAAGACAAUAUGGGAAACUCUGGACAAACAUCUGCCUGGGAUACAACAGUCAACCUCCAAAAAUCAUCCCAGUGGCAGCAGGAGAAAACGCUUCCUGUCUUAUCCACGCUUCGUGGAACUGAUGGUCACAGCGGAUGCCAAGAUGGUGCGGCACCAUGGACGCAAUCUGGAGCACUACAUUCUAACAAUCAUGUCAGUAGUAGCUGCAGUUUACAAAGAUCCCAGUGUUGGAAACCUCAUCAAUAUCAUGAUUGUCAAACUAAUCAUUAUUCACAAUGAACAGGAAGGGCCAAAUGUCAACCGCUAUGCUGCUGCGACCCUACACAACUUCUGUGUGUGGCAACAAAGUCAAAAUGUCCUGGAUGACAGUCAUCCGUCUCAUCAUGACACUGCUCUGCUCAUCACCAGGGAGGAUAUCUGUCGGGAAAAAGACAAGUGUGACACGUUGGGCCUGGCAGAGCUGGGUACAAUGUGUGACCCAUAUCGGAGCUGCUCCAUCAGUGAAGAGAAUGGUCUGAGCUCCUCCUUCACCAUUGCCCAUGAGCUGGGCCAUGUCUUCAACAUGCCUCAUGACAACCACCCAAAGUGCCGGGAAGCAGGAAUGAAGCAUCAGUAUCAUGUCAUGGCCCCAACUCUGAACUACGACACCAGCCCAUGGUCCUGGUCCAAGUGUAGUCAAAAGUACAUCACAGAAUUUCUAGAUACUGGUUAUGGGGAGUGUUUGUUGGAUGAACCAGUUGGAAGAUCCUAUGACCUCCCUGUCAAGCUCCCGGGUCAGAUCUACAAUGCUAAUCGGCAGUGCGAACUCAUGUUUGGACCAGGUUCUCAAGUCUGCCCGUUCAUGAGACAGUGUAAGAGGCUCUGGUGCACCAGCUCUGAAGGAGACCAUAAAGGCUGCCGCACACAGCACAUGCCCUUGGCUGAUGGAACUGAAUGUGGGCAUGGCAUGCACUGUAGGCACGGUAUGUGUGUGAACAGAGAGAUGGAGACGAGGCCGGUACAUGGUGAAUGGGGACCAUGGGGACCCUACAGUGUGUGUUCCAGAAGCUGUGGUGGUGGUACACGCAGCACGUCGAGAGACUGCAACAGACCUGAGCCGAGGAAUGGCGGGCGCUUUUGCGUGGGACGGCGCAUGAAAUUCCGCUCAUGUAACACAGAGCCAUGUCCAAGGGGCCGGAGAGACUUUCGCGAGGAGCAGUGCUCUCAGUUUGAUGGCAAACAUUUCAACAUCAGUGGCCUACCUUCCAUCGUCCACUGGGUGCCCAAAUACAGUGGCAUUCACAUGAAGGAUCGAUGUAAGCUGUUCUGUCGUGUUGCCGGGACGAUGUCCUACUACCAGCUCCAAGAUCGAGUGGUUGAUGGAACUCCUUGUGGUCCAGACACUUAUGACAUCUGUGUUCAAGGCCUUUGCAGGCAAGCGGGUUGUGAUCAUGUUUUGAACUCCAAGGCCAGGAAUGAUAAGUGUGGAGUGUGUGGAGGUGACAACUCGUCCUGUCGGACUGUCGCUGGAACUUUCAACAAUGCACAGUAUGGUUAUAACAUUGUGGUACGAAUCCCAGCUGGUGCAACCAACAUUGAUAUAAGGCAGGUCAGCUACUCAGGAACUCCAGAAGAUGAUAACUACCUUGCUCUUUCUGACAGCCAGUCAAACUUCCUGCUGAAUGGGAACUUUGUCGUGUCCAUGUUUAAAAGGGAAAUCUCUUUAAAAGGAACACAGAUUGAGUACAGUGGCUCCAACACCACAGAGGAGCGCAUCAACUGCACUGAGCGCAUGGAACAGGAGCUCAUUCUCCAGGUGUUGUGUGUGGGGAACCUCUAUAAUCCUGAUGUACGUUAUUCCUUUAACAUUCCUAUAGAGGAGCACCACGAGCAGUUUGUGUGGGACCCCUCAGGCCCCUGGCAGGAGUGCAGCCAAAUGUGCCAAGGAGAGCAACAGAGAAAACCAGUGUGCAUACGUAAGAGUGAUCGCCUGGUGGUGUCAGAUCAGAGAUGUGAACGUCUUCCUCGGCCAAGAGCAGUUAUGGAGUCCUGCAAUAUAGACUGUGAACUUAGGUGGCAUGUGGCAGGUAAGAGUGAGUGUUCUGCUAAGUGUGGACCUGGGUAUCGUACGCUGGAGGUGCUGUGCAUGCGCUACAGCCGGGUGAAGAGAGGGAGUGAGAGAGUGGAAUCUCGAGCAUGUGCAGAUCUUCAUAAACCUCAGAGCCGUGAGCCCUGCCAUGGAGACUGUCUACUGAAGAGCUGGCAGUAUAGCGCCUGGUCUCAGUGUUCUAAGAGCUGUGGGCGAGGCACCCGCACACGUGACUCCUACUGCAUGAAUCACCUCGGCCGCAGACUGGCAGAACGUGAGUGUAGCGAGUACCAGAGAUCCGUCUCUGAACCCUGUAAUGACACGCCAUGUCCUGACUGGUCCAUCAGCGAGUGGACAGAGUGCACAGUGACGUGUGGGAAGGGAGUGAGGCGCAGACAGGUGUUCUGUGUUUUGGGAGAGGAGAGGCUCAGUGAUGAGGUCUGUGAUCCCAACAGCAAACCACGCACCAUAAGCAGCUGUGUUCAUUCAGAGUGUGCUUCCUGGCAGGUUGGCGCCUGGAGCACGUGUGCUGUGACCUGUGGCCAUGGAUACGAAAUGCGAGCAGUGAGGUGUGUAUCUGGUGCUUAUGGCAAGACCAUGGAUGACAGAGAAUGUAAUGCAGCAUCAAGACCACGAGAUAGCCAGGAAUGUGAUUUGCCAGCAUGUCCUCAAACAUCAUCAGCACUCAGCACACCACGACCUGCUGCGUCUGGUCACCUACACACUCAGUGGCGAUUUGGGUCCUGGACUACAUGCUCUGUCUCCUGUGGGAAGGGUGAGAGAGCAAGGUAUGUCAGCUGCAGAGACUCUCAAGGACAAAUAGCUGAUGAGGCUUACUGUGCCCAUCUUCCUCAACCUCCAGAAACCUCAGCAUGCUUCAGCCCCUGCGGCCAGUGGAGAGAGGGAGAGUGGUCUCCUUGUUCUGUGUCAUGUGGUGUGGGCCGCACCACAAGGCAGGUGGUGUGUAUGAACUACAACCAGCAGGUGGAUGAGGCUUUUUGCAACCAGGAUGAGAAGCCCAGCUCGGAGCAGGAGUGUGCCACAGCCCCGUGCCAGUCAACCUACCAGCUCUGGCCCAAUAACCAGCCCUACUUCCCCCAUGACCCUCGCAGUCAUCCAGGCCACAGUAGCUGGAAUGUUCCCUCGGCAGACCACCAGUGGAGGACAGGGCCCUGGGGAUCAUGCUCCAGUACGUGUGAGGGGGGCUUCCAGAGGAGAGUGGUGGUGUGUCAGGACUCAGAGGGCCGCAGCACUAAUUACUGUGAUGAGCGAGUCAAACCUAGUGAGUCAAAGGGCUGUGACUCAGGACCUUGUCCUCUGUGGAACUAUGGCCUCUGGGGAGAGUGCAGUCUGUCAUGUGGUGGUGGGCAGCGAACACGGCUAGUAGUGUGCCAGCGUCCGAACGGACAGAGACUGAACGAGCACAACUGUGACAUGCUCGACAAACCUCCCGAUGUGGAGCGGUGCAACAUGCAGCCAUGUCCCGGCAGCGCUUCCUGGCACAGGCGACCAUGGAAGCCGUGUUCUGUGACUUGUGGCAAGGGGACCAUACAGAGGGAACUGAUCUGUGUUUACCACAACCAGACUGAAACAGAGGAAGAGAACUGUGCACAUCUUCCCCGACCCAAGACACGCAAGCUUUGCAGAGCAGGACCAUGUCCCAGUUGGAAAACCAACAAGUGGCAAGUGUGCACAGUCACUUGUGGGGUUGGAGUACAGAAACGUGAUGUGUACUGUAGGUUGAAAGGCAAAGGUCAUGUCGAGGAAGACAUGUGUGAUGCUCGUCUCCGUCCCAGCAGUUUGCAGCAGUGUUUAUUCCCUGAGUGCCAUGGCUAUAGCUGGUCAGCCAGUGAGUGGCAGGAGUGUAACGCUACAUGUGGAAAAGGUAUGAGACAUAGGACAGUUCUGUGUGUAGAUGAAGUGAAGAAUCCUGUCUCCGAGAAACUGUGUGACCUCUUUAGCAGACCUGAACUUUAUCAGCCUUGCAUCAGCGCCCCCUGUCAGUAUGUCUGGGUAACUGCAACAUGGACACAGUGUUCUGUGACUUGUGGAGCAGGUUACCAGCAGAGGGUGGUGUCAUGCACUGCAGUACCUUCGGCUCCCAACCUGCAGGUGUUCGGUGCUCAGUCUUAUACCCAGGUUUUACCUUCUAAUUGCCCACAGCCUCCUCCACCAAACAUCCAGCCAUGCCAGCUCCCAGUAUGCCUACUGCCUGUGUAUUGGAAAGUUGGUCCAUGGAGCAAGUGUUCUCAGACAUGUGGUGCUGGAGUGAUGCAGAGGACAGUCAAGUGUCUCACCGAUAAACAUCUCCCCUCUAAUAACUGCUCGUUAUCCAGCCGACCUCAUUCCCAGGCAGCCUGCAGACAGAGCCAUUGUGAACUGGCCUCCAACUGCAAGGAGCUACAGAUGAGAGAAGGCAUUAGAAAAGAUGGCGAACAUCACCUCCGAGUUAAAUCGAGAGUUCUCCAGAUUUACUGUGCAGAAAUGCAUACCAGCUUUCCAAAGGAGUAUGUGACCCUACGCAGUGGCCACACUGAUAAUUACUCAGAGGUGUAUGGAUACAGGCUGAAUAACCCCUUCGAGUGUCCGUAUAAUGGCAGCAGACGUCAGGACUGUGCUUGCAGAAAUGACUAUCCUGCAGUGGGCUACACUCUGUUCCAUAGAGUGAGACUAGACCUCAGCACCAUGCGAAUAAUCACUGCAGAUGUGCAGUUUUCUAAAACCCUUCUUGGCCACCCUGUUCCCUUUGGCAGUGCUGGGGACUGUUACAGUGCUGCUAGAUGCCCUCAGGGUCAGUUCAGCAUUAAUCUCACUGGGACAGGACUGAAAGUGGCUGAAUUGACUAAGUGGGUGCCUCAAGGCAACUAUGUUGCGAUCAAAGUCCAUCGAUCAGAGGAUGGAACAAGAAUCUACGGGCGUUGUGGAGGAUUCUGUGGAAAGUGUCUGCCUCAUCCUCAUACUGGCCUCCUUGUCCAAGUCCAGUGAAAGACACUCAAAUCAAGUCUGCAAGUGCGCAGAUGAGCAUUUCCAUCUGGGUCUUAGCAUUGCUGGAAUGUUUCUUUUGUGAAAAAUAAUCCCAUACACGAGCCUGCAUGAAUGCAUGUGAAGAACUGUUGGUCUGUACAUGUAAACGUAUUUUACAUGCAUAUGACCACUGGGGUUUGCCUUGCAGAACAGAUGUACUGAGGCCUCUUUAAUAGGAAAUGUCCUGCACCAUCUGUGUUGAUCUUUGGCGUCUCUGGUUAAUGAUCAGGACUGUAGUGAGCCACAGCUCAAUUAUCUUUCUGUGAUCACCAGGAGAAAUGUCACGUCCUGUUUCAAGCGCUCAUAAGCACAGUGUGUGUAUGUGUUGUGUCAGAGCCACAGACAAAAUGAGUUUGAUAAUUAUUAAUAAUAUAUACCAUGUGCGAUAUCAUAUAUCAAUAUUGUUAUAUUUUGCUUGCCCAUUUUCUAUCUGAGAGUAUGAUAAAUUAGUAGGCAGUAUUUUCCAGCAUUGUUUAUGGUCCUAAUAUAACUCAUGCCCUAUCUGGAAGUAAAGAUAAUCAAAUAUGCCAUACAAGAGUUUCUUUAAACAUUGAAAAACUGACUGAUGAAGCUAUGAUUAAAAGGCGAUUCAAAAAGCUGUGAUUAUAGGUUAGACAAUUAUUGGAGCAGGAACAUUUAUUAUCAGUACAUGCAUACUGGAAACAGACUCUUUCCUGCAUGGUAAGGGUUUGUUAUAAUAUCAUAACCUCUCUUGUCUUGUUGUAGGACAAACUCAUCUCAUACCACACAAGUAUUUAUUCCUAACCAGGGAAAACAGCAGGAAUGUAGUCAGUCAGUACGCAAAUACACUGAUUAGUGCAUAAGUUCAAAACAAGGGAAAGCUGCCUAAAGCUUUCAUAAAAGGAAUAGUGUUCCUGUCGUUUUAUUGUAACUGAACAAUGUUUUCUUUCACAUUCAUCACUGAAGUAUGUGAUCGAAAAGGUUGACUUUUUACACUGUGCCUGUAUUUGAUAAACUUCGCAAUCAUGUGGACAACGUAUCCUCCAAAAGGGAUUAGUAGAUGAUUGUGAAAAUAUUUGACUCCAAGACAUAGCCAGGAGUUAAAAAAAAAUGAAACUACUGAACGACUGUCCCCUCUAUUAAUGUGUGACCACACUGACUGAGAGGUGGUACAAAGAUUUUUUUUAUAAAACUGUAAUAUUUUUGUUUCAUUAAACAUAUUUAAACCUAAACAGUCGAAUAACCUGACAACAGCAAAUAGCUGGAUCUGAAAACGAACAUUUUCAGCAAAAAGUGUUUGUGAAUUCAGCCUCUCAUUGACCAACAUGAGUGUUCACGUUAUCCAAAUGAUCAUUCAUAGUUAGGAUCCAAAGUAAGUUAUAAUCACACCACACCUUAAGGCCUUGUUUUACAGCCCACCAUAAAACACCGUAAAGAACUGUGAACCGAAUCUGCUGUAGUAGAAGCAGCUGUUAAUCAAAUUUAUCGCUAUUAUAUACAGUAUAUAGCAAGAAAGUAAAUAACCUCUGGGGAAAAAUUGAUUAUAAAUAUUUUUUUUAUUGAAGAAGACACCAUGGCUGUGGUUAUAAUGUGCAGAUAGUUUUUUUUUUCCCUUUUUUUUCCUUUUCUUUUCUUUUAUUAUUUUUCCCUGCCACCCCAGUGUUGUUGCGAUUUGAUAAUGUGAUGGCCAUUGUAAAACUGAAAAAAAAAAUAGGUAUACAAUCAAAUGUUACAUUGGUUAUAUCAUUUUAUUCAUCCAGCAAAGUCAGUAAUUUCGCUAGUUAAGUUUAUUUCAGAUGCAGAUCGGCUGUGAUAACCAGUGAUAGAAUAAUAAUCUGACCCUACCUCCUGCAAAGUUGGUUGUUCAAAAUAUGUAUUUUUUUCUAUAUGUAUUCUGUAUUUUUCCUGCUAUUUAUGUAAUGACAAUAUUUAUAUUGUAAUGAUGUAUGUAGAUAUGUACAUUGUGUUGUUGCUAUGACUACUACCAAUGGCAAACCCUUAGGUUUCACUAUAUGUUACAGAAAUUGCAUUACAUUUUUUUUUAAGUGUUAGUAAUGGAUUAACUUUCUAAAGGAGUAUUAAACUGCUGGUGCUUUUUACUACUGAAAUUACCUCUACAAUUCGGUUCGAAAUAAGAGAUCUAGAGGUUCUUGUUAUUAUCAUCUUUGUAACAGAGACUUGCGCUACAUGUAAUUUCAUGCUCAGGUGCAGUGUUGGCGUGUUAACUGAGUGUGUUGCACCACAUGUAACAGCUGCCACUUUGCCCUUGAUGAUAGUUUGUCAGUGGCAGUAACCAGGAGGGAUUUGGAAACAAACUGAUCUGGCACUAUACUUAGACCAAAGUCUUGUCUUGUAGGUGCAUGCACUCCAAUCAAGGGACCUUCAUGUGUAAUUUCAGUUUAUUUUGGUUUAAAAGAACAGUAGAACCAGUCUUAUAUAAAUCUGUGAGCAGCUAACAAAACAUUGCUUAUUGUUGUUUUGAUAGGCAACUGAACUCUGAUGAGGUCUGUAUCAGAAAUAAAACAAUCGCUAGAUGCACAAUGUGCCAAGAAAUAUGUAGAAACUGAACAUGUCACUUUCAUAUUCAUAUAAUAACAGUUUAAAAUUGUAACUUAAAAAAAAACAUGUAUACUUGAAAUGCAAAUAAUGCAUAUUGAUUUUGUCUCGGUAUCAUGGUGAAAUGAAACAAUGGGCCCCUUGGCCAUGUAUUAUCCAAAGAUGUUUUACAGAGGCCUAUUUUACCUGUGUAUGUUUGGUGUGGAGAGUUUUUAUAAUGAAAUCAUGAAUUUUGGUGCUAUGUUUAGUAGUAAGAAAAGGUAUAUGAUCAAUCCUGUAAGACAUGCCACUGUACUAACUCUAAUUUAAA